GUGUGUGUGUGUGUAUGUGAGAGAGAGAGAGAGAGAGAGAGAGAGAGAGGAAGAAAGAGAGUGGGAGAUGAAGACAAUUCACUUGCUAGGUUAUUUCCUUUUGACAACUCAGAGAAUUUCAGAAUCAAGAUACGAGAAGAAACAAAGGAUGAUGAAGAAGACAUUUGUAUGUGAUGAAUCAAUGUUCAUCACCAUUCCCAUUGGCAGUCUAAAGGAUGCUCAAGAGGGUCAACUGAUGCCGGAGAAGUUUCAGUGUGUGUACAGAGACUCCUACAAGGUCUUUGUUGUUAAAGGAAAACCUAAACCUCUUGGAGCAGCCCAAGCCAUCGCUGGUGUGUUCAUUGUGACUCUAGGUCUGCUUUUUACAGACCUCAAUCACAGGUUCCCCGUCUGGACAGACACUCUACCCAGUAUUCUGUUUGUGGUCUCUGGCAUGCUGUCCUAUGCUGCUGGAAAAUCUCCAAACAUGCAUGUGACAAAGCUGUCAUUCUCUGUGAACAUCAUCAGCUUCUUCUGGUCAGUAGCAGCAAUUACUCUCUGCGCUAUUUCUAUGUCAAAUGACUACAAUCACCGCAACCAUAAGGUUUAUAUGGGAAUGAAGGGACUAAUUAUGACUCUGCUGGUUGUUGAAAAGUUAAUAGCGGUAUACUUGAUCUACUGGUCAAGUAAAGCUAUAUGCAGACAACAUUUCAACUCUUUGCCCAUCAUACUGCUGAAACAGGCAGACUGAAUAUACAGGCUUUAUUGAGCUCAACAAACCAACGACCAAACACCUAUUUACAUAGGGUGUCAAUGCCAUAUAACACACAAAGAAUGUUAAAUUAACUAUUGUUUUCAUUACAGAACAACAACAGAUUGCAUGUGAAUGAGCCACUUCUUGGAUAUAGAUUAUUUUGAUGAUUCUUUGAAAAAUCUGAAUUAUUAAGAGAAAAAUACAAUCAAGUUUACUGAUACAGAACUGUGCUUCUGUACAUUUCUAUAAUUUAUCUACGCAUCUGUUCUUAGACUUCCUUUUGCUGCUGUGCUAUUUCAAUUCCCCUGCAUAGUUUAUCUUAUCUUAUCUUGAAGAAUGUUGCAUUGUAUUGUCUCAACUCCAGGAGGUUUAGUUCAUAUUUUAAAAUUUCGUGUAUGUUUUUAACCAGUGGCACAUCAUUUAAACUGUCCUUUUUACUGUCUGCAUGCAGCCUGAGAUCAUCAUCAUCAGCUCAUUUGUCUUAUCCUGAUUAAAGUAUAAAGUUGAGCCUUUUGCUGUCAUGACUCCUGGGCUUUGAGAUGACAGAAUCUUGAACUCAAGCAGAGAGAGUCAAUAUAGUCUUUUGCAUAUGUAGAUUUUUUUUCACUGAUAUUUAAUCAUUUUUUGUUUUUACUCUGAUCUUUGUGAAUCACGUUAUGACUUUGUUUAAGGCAAAUAAAAAUGAUUAUUUUGU